UUCCUCCUCUUUCCCUUUGUACAAUUUUUCCCCCAAAAUCUCUCUCCCCCCUUUCUUUCUUUUCCUGUUUAGGGUUAUCUGCAAACCGCAGUCACUCUUCUCUCUCUCUCAUCUUCCAAAACCAGCAAAAUCAUCAAUUCAACAACAACAACAACAACACUGAAUUUCCUCUUUUGUUUAAUUUGUACAACAAUUAGGGAUUAGGGAUUUGUGAAAUUUCAAUGCCUGCCAAUUUGUCAACUUCUUUGGCUGCUGGAAAUUAUCGCCACUUCGGAACUACUCGCUUCGCUUUCACAGCGAAAGCGAGUGGCGCCGCUGCUGUUGCUGUUGUUUCCCCUUUCUUAUUAGAGAUUCUUCUUAUUUUUUUCUUCUUCUUCUUCACCAAUUUCAAUUUCAUUUGGGAUUUUUCCUGAACUCCCCCAUCAUUUUCUAUUCUUUUUUUCUUUUCUUUUGUUUUCUUUAUAAAUUGAGAUAGGGUUUUUGUUUUAUUAUUAUUGUAUCUUCUUUUUAAUUGGGAGGAAAACUGAUAAGAGAAAGUGGAGUCGUUGUUGCUCUAUGGCGCCGAGUCGAAGGAAGAGUGCUAGCAAAGCUGCUGCUGCUGUGGCAGCUCGCCGCCAGUGGAAAGUUGGUGAUCUUGUUCUUGCAAAGGUCAAAGGUUUUCCGGCUUGGCCGGCUACGGUAAGUGAGCCAGAGGAAUGGGGCUAUUCAUCUGAUUGGAAGAAAGUACUGGUUUACUUCUUUGGCACAAAGCAAAUAGCCUUCUGCAACCCUGCUGAUGUGGAGGAGUUCACGGAAGAGAAGAAAGAAUUACUUCUGGGUAAGCGCCAGGGACGAGGUGCUGAUUUUGUUCGAGCUGUGCAGGAGAUUGUUGAUUGUUACGAUAAGUUGAAGGAAAAUAACCGGGUUGAUAAUCUGAGCUCUGGUGAUCCUGUCCCUGAAAAAGCUGUAACUGGUGAUGUUAGUGCAACUAAUGCAACAGAUCCUGAUGCAAUACAUAAUUCCACUGUGAAAUCUUCUAACUCUUCUAGACCAAAAGAUGAACCAGGUACUGCUAUAGAGGACGUUGGAGCACUCACUGAAGUGGAAUCUUUGAGAAAGAGGGGGCCAUCUGAGGAACUUGAUAAUAAUGCUGUUGCACCCAGCUUGUCUAUACCUAAUACUUACACAUUAAGGAAAAAGUCUAGAAGCAGUCAGCCACAACGGUCUGCUAAUAAAAAGAAAACAUCAGUUCAAAGGUCCCGCAGUUCAUUGAGAUUUCAUCCUUGUGGUCUACAAAAUGGUGAUUUGAAAUCUAAUGAUAGCAAACAUUCUGAUGAAGUUGGCUUAAAUGGGUUUUUGGAUGGUCCGCUCAGAAGAGCAAAGAGGAGUAAAAGAUCACCUGAUUUGAUUGCUCCCAGCGUUGGGGAUUCACCUGUUUGUCAUUCCAAUGGAACCAUUGAAGAUGAUGGAUCUGAGAUUGCUAUGGCUGACUCUGAGAAUCUGAGUAAUAAUGAAUGUAGUGCCAUUGAGUCUAACCACAAACGCGAAUCAGGUAUUUUUAGUGGAAAUUCUGAAGGUCUUGAGUUAUGUAGAAGGCUUGAUUUUCCAGCAAAGACUGCUGUUGUGAGGAAAAAAAGGAACCCAGGAAGAAAGCGAGCUCAAAAUGAUGGUCUGGAAUCUACUUCAAGGUCUGAUCAAGAAGUUAGUAAUGAGAUACGGGGCUUGAAAGAUGCCUUGAUAUUGCCAGCUUUGUCUGCAAAUUUGAUUGAUAGUCAUCCCAAGGAUGAAGGUGAUGAACACUUACCACUAGUAAAACGUGCUAGAGUUCGGAUGGGCAAAUUGCUCGCUGAGGAGCAUCAGACUCUUGAUUUUCUUGUGAAGAGUGAGGAGAAACAGACUCUUGAUUUUCUCGUGAAGAGUGAGGAGAAUCAGAUGCAUGAUUUUCAUGUGAAGAGUGAGGAGAAAUCCUUAGAUUCUGUUUGUGCUAGUGGAUAUCGAUUGCCAACCACACCCUUGAAUUGUGAUGAUAUUCAUCCACCAAGAAACUUGUUAACUGUGAAUGAAUUAAUGGUAGCUUCUCCUGUGAAUACUAUUAACCAGAUUCAGGAGGAUAAGCCUCAACCUCAGAAGAACGACUCUUGUGCUGUUAAUGAGCCAGUAGUGUGUUCUCCGGUGGAAAAUCCAGGGGAUAAGACUCAGCCAUGGAACAGUAAGAUAAAUCCCCCAUCGGGCUGUGUGUUUGAUGGUGAAGCAGCUUUGCCUCCGUCUAAGCGCCUUCAUCGGGCUUUAGAAGCCAUGUCAGCCAAUGCUGCUGAAGAGAGUCAAACUCCAUUAGAGGUAUCUUUGUCAACAGAAGUAGAAAUGGAAGAGUCUCAUCUCACUUUUAGAAAUGCCAACUCUGACAUGCUUGUGAAGAAUGUUGCAGUCAAUAACUUGGAAUCACAUGAUGGUUCUUUGAAUUGUAAUAAUGCUUUGCUUGAUGAUUGCUCCGGACUUCUUAAAAUUUCUAACUCGUCCAGCUGUGAAGUAAUAACUAAGUCAUUUCAAGAAGUGUCUAUGUUGGACUCACCUGACAGGAAUUUGGAAAGUGAAAAGGCUGAAUUCAAAGAUAAUGCUGAGGAAGCAGUUGUUCGCACAGAUAAUAAAGACCUCAGUGGGUCCGAGAGUACUAAGGCACCUGAUAAUGACGUCCUAGAUCAGGCUUCACAAGUCUUCUUGAGCAGUGUAACUGAGUCAGGGCCCUUGUUGCAAUCUCCUACUAUUCAGCCUCCUUUGAUGGUUUUAAAUAAAGUGGGAGAUGAAGCGAUGCACGAGAGUGGGAUAGAAUGUAACAAGUCUGAAGAUAGUCUGCAUUCUGUUAGAGACAGAGAUGUAGAAUGUAACAAGUCUGACGAUAGUUUGCAGUUUGAAGAAAAAGCGGUAGAUGUAGAAUGCAGUAAUGGUACUUCUGCAAACCUCUGUAACGAAGAGGCUAGAAAUUUUGCAGCAAAUGAAAAUUUGGAGGCUCUUAUGGACCAACAUACUGAAGCUAGUAGCAUAUGCGAGUCUGUGGACAAGCUCAACCAUACAGCAACAGAUGUAAGAUUGAAUGUCUCGUCAUCGCCUCCGUUCGAUGCAUCUUCACAGCGAACAUGUCAUGGUGCCUCUAUUUCUGGAGGUGGCCUGUCUAAUGAUCUAAAUGAUGCUAGUAAACUUGCAUGUAUCCUCCCUGCUGAAGCAGAUAAACAGAAGCAUGUUUCUCCAAAUAACCUCACAGCCGCCUCAGAUAAUAGUUAUCAUUCUCCGCAUAGGGAGUGUCGUGUCACUGAUGACAAGUUACCUCAUAAUAAACUCGCCGCACAUACUGCUGAAAGUAAAGUUUUGGAUGCUGGUAUGCGCCAUCAGGGUAAGUCAGGGGAAAGAACCAAUCUUGCAGAAGUGAAAGCUGCUUUGGCAUCUCUUGAAUUAACACUUGGGUCAUUGACUAGAACCAAAGAAAGCAUAGGUCGGGCAACACGAAUAGCAGUUGACUGUGUAAAAUUUGGUAUUGCUGCUGAGGUGGUAGAGCUUCUUGUUCUUUAUCUGGAGAAAGAGUCGAGCUUGUACAGACGAGUUGAUCUGUUCUUCCUUGUGGAUUCCAUUGCACAAUGCUCUCGAGCUUUGAAAGGUGAAGUUGGUGGUACAUACAUCUCAGCCGUCAAGGAGACCCUUGCACGCAUGUUAUCAGCUGCUGCCCCACCUGGACAAGCUGCUAGAGAAAACCGUAGGCAAUGCUUGAAGGUCUUGAGGCUAUGGUUGGAAAGAAGAAUCCUCCCCGAAUCCAUUAUCUGUCAACACAUAAGGGAGCUGGACUCACUUAACUGUUCCUCUUCUACUGGUGGUUACUCUCGCCGCAUGUCAAGGACAGAGAGAUCUUUUGAUGAUCCUUUACGAGACAUGGAAGGCAUGAUGGUUGAUGAGUAUGGGAGAAUUUGCUUUGGGACUCUCCCUCUUUGUUUGAUUCUGAAGCUAAAAAGCAACUCAAGCUUUCAGCUUCCUGGGUUUUGCAUGCCUCGUAUGCUUAAAGAAGAAGAUGAUGUGAGUGAAGAUUCUGAUGGAGGGAGUUUUGAGGCUGUAACUCCUGAGCAUGAUUGUAAAAAUCAAGAAUCACAUGAAGUGGCUGCAGUGGUUGCGACGGAGAAGCACAAGCAUAUCUUGGAGGAUGUUGAUGGUGAGCUUGAAAUGGAGGAUGUGGCUCCCUCGAGUGAUAUUGAAAUGGAUCCAUCUUCUACUACUGCUAUCGACACUGCUCUUGAUACACAUAGUUGUAAAGAACAAUUCACCUCUUUCGUCCCUCCAUUACCUCAUGAUGUACCACCUCGAGCACCUCCUUUGCCUACUUCCCCACCUCCCCUUCCGCCUCUCCCACCACCUCCACCCCCACCACCUCCGCCGCCACCUCCUGCACUUGCUCCCCAUGUGUCUAAUAUGUGUCACAUGGAUGUUGAUUCGCAGCUUCAUGCUGGUAGAAAUUGCAUGCAAGAAGCAAUUUCAUCACGACCUCCAGCUUCUGGAAUGCACCAUCCAAUGCAAAUGCCCCCAUCAACUAGCUGCUCUUACAAUUCAUAUCCUGUAAUGCAUAAUCCUGUAGCACCAGGGAAUAAUCUUCAACCGAUGGAUGGGAACUUGUAUGGCAAAGGUUAUAAUCUUAGGCCACCGUACCCAUCGUCAUCCAAUCAAUUUUCAUUUCUUCAGCCCGAUCAGCAAGUUCGCCCACAAAGGGAGGUUGCACCCCCGCCCUACUAUGAUCGGUCUCGCUUUGGCCAGAAUGCAGAGGGUGGCCAAUUUUAUGGCGACCAAGAUAACGUCAGACCGCCGAGACAUGAGUUGACAGAUGGCUGGGGAUAUUCCAGACCUCCAUUUCCCAGUCCUUGUGAACCAAUGAGACCACCUAACCAUGGGUGGGCUUAUCCUCCCCAUCCAGUGCACCAUCGACCAAUUAGACCACCUUGUGAUGGUACUGCUCCAGUAGCCGCAAGAGGUUCUGGCUACUGGCGACCAAGAUGAGCAUUGUGUUAUAGCCAUUUGGCAGCGGCUGUUAGGCAAAUUUUUUGGUCCAGAUAAUCCGGCUUUUGUGCAAAGGAUUGAGGGAUUCGUAUAUGUGCAAUACUAUAUCCAAGUUGCAAAUUACAAAUACUGGGGACGGGCUUAGCUGGUUGCUUUUGUAUAUAAACGUGUACUCUCCAGUUGCAUUUGAUUUGGUUCUUGCACCUGUGACAGUCAAUGACGUAUAGACUGUAAUCCGAUCGAUUCUAAUAUGUAUCAUUCAUAAUCUCUUCCUCCCUCCCCCUCCGAAAUAUUAAAUUAGCCGUAGUGUUGUCAUACAAGAAAGCCCGUUUAGGAAAUUGUUAAAUUUUUUGGGGGCUGUUGUAAUACAUAUCUGGUUUCCCUAUAUGCAGCCCGAUAUCUGCACAGUUGUAAAGAAAUUUUGUCUAUAAAUUUAGACGAGUUUUCAGAUA